CUCCGAAGUGUCUCCGUAAAUUCUCAAACGCCCCUUCUAGACUCGACUGAAGAUUUCAAAGCCCUGGCCUCACUCAGCUCACCCCACGAGUGGAUCAGACUGCAGACUUCAGUCAGCAGGGAGAGAGUCAGCCGGCACUCCUCAGUUGCCUGUCUUAACCUGCAUCAUGAAGCCUGAGGAGAUUUCAAGAGGAAAAGCUUUUGGACUACGGAAGGCCCAGCAGGAGGAGGGGCUGAAUGAGAUCAACAAGCAAUUCUUGAAUAAUCCUAAAUACUGCAGUGAUGAGGACCUGCCCUCCAAACUGGAAGCCUUCAAGAGUGAGGAGAAGUAUAAGUACAUGGAGUUUGAUCUGAAUGGAAAUGGAGAUAUUGAUAUUAUGUCCUUGAAGCGAAUGCUGGAGAAACUUGGGGUUCCUAAGACCCACCUAGAGCUAAAGAAAUUAAUUAGAGAGGUGUCCAGUGGCUCCGAGGAGACGUUUAGCUACUCCGACUUUCUCAGAAUGAUGCUGGGCAAGAGAUCUGCCAUCUUGAGAGUGAUUCUGAUGUAUGAGGAAAAAAACAAAGAACACCAGAAGCCAACUGGCCCCCCAGCCAAGAAAGCCAUUUCUGAGUUGCCCUAAUUGGAGGUGGAUGUGCACAUGGUGGGACUGAAGGGGCCGUCUAACGACAGACAGCAGCACGGAAGGAAGCAGUUGUGAGCCAGAGUCAGACUAAAUAAAUAAUGCUCCCUACUGGGUCAAGUCA